AUGGCUGCUUCACAGCUGCCCUCUACUCAAGAUGGGAAACAAGCCAAGGGCUGCGAGGCUGCGGUGAAUCGGCAGAUCCAUUUGCACUUGUAUGCCUCAUAUUCCUACUUAUCCAUAGCUCACUACUUCGACCGACCUGACCUGGCAUUGAAACACUUCUCCAACUUCUUCCAUCACCUAUCCAAGAAAGAAAGGAAACAAGCAGUGACUAUCAUGGAGAUGCAGAACAAGCGAGGGGCUGACAUCCGCUUCUGGGACAUCUUGAAGCCAGGCCACGAAUGUAAAUGGGAAGAUGGGCUGAAGGCCAUGGAAUAUGCCCUUUCGAUGGAAAAUCGUAUCUACCAGAGUCUCUUGGAUCUGCUUAAGCUGGCUACUGACCUGGAUGACAGACAUCUGUGCAACUUCCUGCAAAGUGAUUUCCUGAAUGAGCAAGGAAAGUAUGUCAAGGAGGUGGGCGAUCACGUGGCCAAUCUGCGUAGAAUGAAGUCAGACAACAUUAGCCUGUCUCAGUACCUCUUUGAAAACUGUACUUCGUGUGGAACCAGCAAAGAGUAA